CUAGAAUACGGAGUACCUGGGUUUUCGUGAGAAAGAACCUCUCCAGAAGCUCCGUUUGUCUUCCGCUCGCACGGCGUCUCUCGAAAGCAUAAGCGAGAAGAGAAUGCAUUGAGAGCUAUGGAAGAACGAAGGGAGAAGGAGGAGAAACGCUGCAGACAAUCUGAGACUAAGUGUGACCUGGACUACUCUCUCAAGUUGAAGAUGAAAAAUAGAAAAAUAAGACAAGCGAUAUUCAGGAGGAGCUGGCUCUAGACAUGAAACUGUUAGAACAGAUGCUUCAUGAAACUUCCAAUGAAGCCAUGCUGCACCUUCAGAAAAAGAACACUCUGAAGGAAGAGAUACAGCUCUACCGUAGCUAUCUAGCAGAGGCAAAGAGGGAGGAGAGACAGCGUGAGCAGGAGCUUGACUCUCUUCUCAGUGAAGAGGUUGAGAAACAGUUGGCCAAAAUAACGCAGCAGUGGCGCAAAGAAAGAGAAGCGAGACGAAAACUCAUGGAUGAUGUUUUUGAAAACGCGCAGACAACAAAUAAAGGAGAAAUUGGCUGUAUUGGAAGAAGAGAAAAAAGCGGCUGCAGUUGAGAGAGACACACUUAUUGCUAACUACAAGCAGCACUUGCAGAUUGAGAAAGAUCAACAGGAAAGCAGGACAUAAAUAGGCAC